GCUGAGCUUGGAACAAUGUGCGACACUGCCCGUAGUUGCUCCAUCGUCGAGGAUAAUGGCCUUGGUGUUGCUUUUACCGUCGCUCAUGAAUUGGGACAUGUGUAAGUGGAGGGUUUUUUCUUCUAAUAAUAAAAUGUUAAACACUAUUCAACCCCAUAGUAAAGUAAACUUGUCAGGGAAGACUUGUUGAGGAAAACCUGCUAGUUUAAAAAAAGCGAUUCUUUUUGUAUUAUUAGGUUUAAUAUUGGUCAUGAUGCACUCGCCAAGAAUUGUUUAGGAGAAAAGAAUGGCCUCCAUGUGAUGGCACCAGCUGUCAAUCUCCAAGCGAUGCCAUGGAGUUGGUCUUCCUGCAGCAGACAAGAAAUCACUGAAUUCUUGGAGUAAGUAGUCUACUUUAGGUUUAGCGUUACCUCCAGGGAAAACAGCUUAGAACUGGUAGAGCGACCCAGUAUAAAUAAAGAUAGUUUAGAUUAGGUUUCCUCCUGUAGUAACACUGGAUUUAUAAGAGAUGAUCCUUACUGGACCUCUAGGAAGAACAGUUUAGAACUGAUAGAGCUAUCCAGUAUAAAUAAAGAUAGUUUAGAUUAGGUUUCCUCCUGUAGUAACACUGGAUCAAUAAGAGAUGAUCCUUACUGGACCUCUAGGGAGAACAGUUUAGAACUGAUCGAGCUAUCCAGUAUAAAUAAAGUUAGUUUAGUUUAGGUUUCCUCCUGUAGUAACACUGGAUCAAUAAGAGAUUUUCCUUACUGGAGCUCUAGGAAGAAUAGUUUACUGAUGGAGCAAUUCAGUAUACAUAUGUACUGUAAUUUGUGAUAUAUUUUCUUGCUUUCAGACUUGGCCAUGACAGAUGUUUAAUGGAUAAGCCUCAGUAUCAGUUUAAAAAAUCAGAUAAAUUACCAGGCGAGGUGUACAGUCCCACAAAGCAAUGCAAGAUCACGUAUGGCAAGGAUUCUUCAUUGUGUCGAUUCAAGGUAAGACGGAACCCUUUCCAUUCCAAAUUUUCAUUCAAAUCAUUGUUUACCGGGGCUCCAAGGAGUAUAAUGUUAGUUCAGUUUAUAAUCUAAUUUAUAAGCUUUCUUAGUUUAGUCCAGUUCAUUUUAAUUGUGUUUUAUUAUGUUUCUUCCAGACCACGUCUUGUAGACGUCUAUGGUGUGCUGUACAAUUCUCUAACGGCCGGGAAGGAUGUCGAACCCACGGCAUGCCCUGGGCUGAAGGCAGUACCUGUGGGAAGGACAAGGUUAGUAAAGACAAAAUCAUUUUUCAUGAAGUCCUAGAAGCCACGAAACAUGUCGUUUAAUUCAGUUUGUUUACGAUUUCUGCAAGCAUUCAGGCCUGCAAAUAAUUAUUUUAGUUGGAAGGACAAAUGUCUGGUCAAGCCAAAAAUUGGUCAGACAUUUAUCCAAUUAUCCAUUUUUCUCGGUACAACGUACAAAGUAAAAUUUUUCAUUUUUUUUUAAUUAGCACAAUGUAUGUAUUUUUGUGCCUGGUCAUGUUAGUCGGCAGUGAAAUGCAUCUAAAACUGAGUACAUAUCUACCAGUCCUAAUGCAUCAGUAAAUUAUGGUGCAAGUUAUACAUAACUUUAAUUUCUACCAUGUAUGCGAAGGUGAUGUAGAUUUAUAAUUAAAUCUUACGGUUUAAUGCAGCAAUAACUGUGGAGAAGUGCUGUCUAUGUACAGUAUAUUGCUUUCUUGUUGGUUUCAUUAAUAAAAAAUGUGUUAUGAAAGUAAGAAAAUUAGUAUUAAACUUAUACUGCCAUUUGACCACUGGCUGCUACCAUUGUCUGCUGUAUGAUAGCAGAGUGGUUUCGCGUGCAAUUUGGAAAUACAUGCAUAUACGGCUGAGUGGUUCAAAUACUAUCAAAGUUGAACUAGUCAAUUCAGUGCAAUUUAAGGUCUUGAAAAACUCGCGAGUGCAUGUUUCAAUUCAUCUGGUUAUAGCACCCAAUACCCAACGGGUAGACUACUGUAAGGUAAAAAUGUAGGGAUAUUAGGAGUGGAUUACUUUUCAAUUUUUAGUGGUGCGUACGUGGUUCUUGUGUGGCUAAACAAGUCAAAGUUAAAGUUGACGGAGUGUGGUCACCAUGGUCGGAAUUUGGAGCUUGUUCCCGGACGUGUGGGGGUGGUGUGACUUUCUCAUCAAGAUGGUGUAGUAACCCAAGGUAAGUCUACUUAUUAUCACAUUUUGUAAAAUAUAGUGAGAUGUCACAAACAAAUUUUUAUUUUUAAUGAUUCUUAUAGUCCUUCAAAUGGAGGCAAGUUUUGUCUUGGCGCGAAAAAGAGAUUCAAAUCUUGUCAUACUCAGGUAAUUCUUACACUGAAACACUAAUGGACCCUUACUGGACCUCUAGGAGAACACUUUAGUACAGGCAAAAUUGUCCAGUAUAAAUAAAGUUAGUUUAGUUUAGGUUUCCUCUUGUAGUAAUACUGGAUCAAUAAGAGAUUUUGUUUGUGGAAACACCACAUAAAUUUAUUACUGCAAAGCUUCAAAUUAUUAGCACUGAUGAAAAUCUGGGCUUACGAAUCGAAAGCUUUGCAGUAAUAAAUUUACUCGUGGUGUUUCCACAAACAAAACUAUUAUAAUUUAUAAAGUUAGUUUAGUUUAGUUUAGGUUUCCUUCUGUAGUAACACUGAAUCAAUAAGAGAUGACUCUUACUGGAUCUCUAGGGAGAACAGUUUAGAACUGAUAGAGCUAUCCAGUAUAAAUAAACUUUAGUUUAGGUUUCCUCCUGUAGUAAAACUGAAUCAUUAGAGACCUUAAGAUUGACGUUUACGGCAAACGUCAAGCCACUAGCGAAGUUUUUGACUUUACAACUCUAUUAUUAUAGCUUUUACACCAGUUUUGAAAUAUGUUAAACUUAUUAAACUUGUGCUCUUUAGCAAUGAUUUAAGAAAGCAAAUUAACCACAAAUCAUGCCAUUCACCAAAGCAUUAAAUUAAGAUUUGGCGUUUGAAGUUGACGUUUGGCGUAUAAAUUUCAUGCCUUAACGACUACAAGCCCUCGUAGCAGUUCAAGCAUGAAAUUUAUACGCCAAACGCCAACUUCAAACGCCAAAUCUUAAUUUACUGCUUUGGUGAAUGGCAUGACUAGUGGUUAAUUUGCUUUCUUAAAUCAUUGCUAAAGAGCACAAGUUUAAUAAGUUUAACAUAUUUCAAAACUGGUGUAGAAGCUAUAAUAAUAGAGUUGUAAAAUCAAAAACUUCGCUAGCGGUUUGACGUUUGCCGUAAACGUCAAUCUUAAGGUCUCUAAUAAGAGAUGACUUGCAUGUUUAAACUCCAUUCUAAAUGGCGGAUUUUCUCUUGGACAGGAAUGUCCGAAGGGCAGUGCUAGUUUCAGAGCGGUGCAAUGUGCUGCAUAUAACAACAGGAAAGGUCCUAAAGGAAGCAAAUGGGUACCAAGAUACCUGAAGGGUAUGAUUAUAUGAAUUAAAAAUAAACAUACAGUAGAUGUGUUUCACUCUUGUGCAGCUGAUUGUGCUCAACCUCAGAGUGAGAAAGGCAAGCCUACUUUGGAGGUCUCAAGGCCUACUUUGAGGGCCAAGGUCGCCUAAGUUCGCCUAAUUUCGCGAAUGUGCACCCAAAUUUUUUAACUUUGCCUAACAGUCUAUUUCGCCUACUAUCGCCUAAUUUCGCCCAGUGACGCAUACUACUUUUCUUUGAAAGUUGCCAAUGUCGCACAAUGUUGCACAUAAUAACGACGACCGGAUAAUACGCACUGUAGUAGUCUUGGAUUUUUGGGGAGGGAGAAAAACCUCGAAGCACACGAGAGAACCAACCACUGCAUAAGUUUGCUCUCACCCUAAAUAAUAACCAACCCUCGACCUACAGUAGCACCUAAUCCAUAUCUUAUUUGUGAUCAUAAUUUAUGGUAAAUAUAUUUAUUCAUCCUAGGCAGACAUCGAUGCCAACUUCUUUGUGAGCGUGUUGGUGGUGGGGGAUUUAUCACGGCGAAAGUGAUUGAUGGCACAAAAUGCGGGAAGAAUACUUUUGAUAUCUGUGUGAAUGGAAUUUGCAGGGUAAGGAGUUAUGUCCUUUUUGAAAAAUGUAUGGUUGUGACAAGCCUGCAUGCAGCAAGCUUGGUUGUCAAUAGGAUGUGUUCGCAUUGGUUGUUCCCAGCUUAUAUAGAUUGGCCAUAGUUUGUCUUUUCCUCCACUAAAUUUUUUGAUUGAUUGUUUAUAUCUUUCUUCAGCUUGCAGGUUGUGACAAUGCUCUGAACUCGAGAAGCAAGCUGGAUGUUUGCGGUGUUUGUGGUGGACGGAAUGACACUUGUAAACGCACGCAUAAAUCCUGGCACCAACACGUUGAAUGGGGUAUGAAAUAAUGUAUACACUUUUACAGCUGUGCUGAGUGGUUAUAUUACUACCUUAAAAAACAAGCCAGAAACUCGACGUUUCGAGCGAAGGCCCUUCGUCAAGAGUUAGUAGGGCCUUCGCUCGAAACGUCGAGUUUCUUCGUCAAGAGUUAGUAGGGCCUUCGCUCGAAACGUCGAGUUUCUUCUUAUUUUUUAAGGUAGUAAUAUAACCACUCAGUACAGCAUUUUCACAUUGGUACUACCAACACUGGUACAGACAGUUUUAGUAUAUAUACACUUUUACAGGGCAAUUUAGCUGCUGUGAACAGCAUCUGGUUCUCAAUCCGUUGAUGUAAGGACGUUGUUGACUUGGAUAUUUUCUGAAAUUCAAUAUUUAGGGUACAAUGACGUCACAACAUUUCUUCCUGGAUUUUCUUCAAUCAGAAUUGAACAGACGUCACCAGAAUCCGAGGCAGAGAGGACAGUCCAGGCCAAACGCCAUAGACGACAUCGAGUUGGCGAUAAUAAUUAUCUAGGUGAGGAGAGUUUUAAUAUGAUAUGGUUUGUGGUAUGGUAUUGGUGUUAUAUAUGGUGUGAUAUGGUAUGAUAUUAUAUAUUGAGGUGUUGUAUGGUACGUUACGGUACGGUACGGUAUGGUAUGGUAUGGUAUGGUAUGGUAUGGUAUGGUAUGGUAUGGUAUGGUAGUAUAGUAUGGUAUAGUAUGGUAUGGUAUGGGUAGUAUAGUAUGGUAUAGUAUGGUAUAGUAUGGUAUGGUAUGGUAUUGUAUGGUACAGAGUGGUGCGAAAAGUGUGGAGUGGUAUGCUGUGGUAUCAUACUAUUUGUUGUAGAGUGGUGUAGUCUAGUUUGCUAUGCUAUGCUAUGCAAUGCAAUGCUAUGCUAUGCUAUGAUGUGGUAGGUAUAGUAAGGUACGGUGUGGUAUGAUGUGGUGUUGUAUUGGCAUUGCAUUGCAUUGCAUUGUAUUGUAUGGUUUUGGUAUGAGCAUGACACCCUAUCAAAGUAUUGUUCAUUGAAGCAAACACCAAAUCUUUCAAUUCUCUUUAUUGCAGUUCUACGCAACGAACGUUAUGGCAACAUUCUUAACACAGAUUUCUACAUCAGUGCUCAUUCCACCAACAUAUUUCAUAUAGCAGGUCUGAGGAUCACUUACUCUGGGUCAAGAAGUUAUCCUGAAUAUAUCGAAAUUGAAGGAAAAUUAACACAAAAAAUACGUUUACAGGUACGUAAACUUCUACCGAGAGACAUAUUUUCAAGUGAGAAGUAUUUAAAGCGCGACUAACCCCAAAUAUAAUUUUUGGUAUGUGUAAUAUUUGGGUCAUUCCAAGAAGAAAUGUAAGGUAUCUUUAUAAUAAAAAACCUCAUCUUGAUCAACUUUUUCACUGUCAAAGUUCCAGAUAUGAUGUCAUUAGGUGAACUUUUGGUACAAAAAAACAAAGGAAAACUAAUUUGCAAUUCACCUAAUGACAUCAUAUCCGCAAACUUUGACAGUGAAAAAGUUGAUAAAGAUGGGAUUUUUUAUUAUAAAGAUAUAUUACAUUUCUUCUUCGAUUGUCCCAAAUAUUACACAAACCAAAAAUCAUAUUAGUGGUUAGUCGCACUUUAAGAUUUGAGUGUUUACGUUAAAGGUUUUAUCCGUGGAAAAAAUUGAGGAUCCGAAAAUAACUUAUUCAUAUCUUCAACAUGUUGUGAGACCUGAUACAUUUGUGUGGGAUAACAGGGGAUCUUGGUCAAGAUGCAGCGAAGAAUGUCAAGGUAAUUUAAGUGUAUGUUCUGAUUUAAUUUUAGACUACGUUUACACGGAUAGUUUUCCAUAGCGGCGCGAAAAAGCACCUAUCCGAUACAGAAUGUACAACUUUCAGAAGCUGAGCGAAACAACAUCUCUCUCAAAAUAACGUUCCUAAAAGGUACGGAUAGGCGUUCUACACGUCGCUACGGAAGUGUAAACAUAGCCUUAGUUCAGCGGGAAAAAUGUAGGGCAGCUUUGUUUUUAAUAACUUUUGUUUGUCUUCUACCACACCAUCUUACAAUCCUAUAGAGUCGUCUAAAGUUUCGUCGCCGAAAUGACGGAUACAUUCUCUCAUUAACUGGGCAUGAAUUCCACCAAACAAAAUUUAGUGUUUGCCUUACUUUGUCUCCUUAUUUUUUGUUAGGAUGGCGCAAAAGAAAGCUUGUUUGCAAACGCGAGAGAGACGGUCUUGUGGUGUCCGUUGAAAAAUGUGACCAAAAUAACAAAUCUGAAACGAUUAGAGAGAAUUGUAACACGCUAUGUCUUUUCAAGUAAGUUGGUUUUCUCUUCCAUUGAAUUUUGCGAUGCAAGUAAGGCAUAUUGUUCUUACAAUCUUCCUCUAUUCUUGAUCGUCCAAUGUGCAAUUGUCUGAUCUAAAGGAGUACUUCCAUUGGCGCAGCCAGCGUCUAAACUUUGGGGGAGGGGCAAAAUUUUUAUGGCAUUUCGAAUGCGACGGCCAAAGGCGCGAGGAAUGUAGCGAAGGAAUGUAGGAAUAAAGUUAGUUUAGUUUAGGUCUCCUCCUGUAGUAACACUGGAUCAAUAAGAGAUGAUCCUUACUGAACCUCUAGGGAGAACAGUUUAGAACUGAUAGAGCUAUCCAGUAUAAAUAAAGUUAGUUUAGUUUAGGUUUCCUCCUGUAGUAACACUGGAUCAAUAAGAGAUGAUCCUUACUGGACCUCUAGGUAGAACAGUUUAGAACUGAUAGAGCUAUCCAGUAUAAACAAAGUUAGUUUAGUUUAGGUUUUCUCCUGUAGUAACACCGGAUCAAUAAGAGAUGACCUUAUUGAAUUAACAAUUUUCAUAAUUCCAUGCAACUAUUGUUUCUCCAGGUGGAUGAAAACCAGCAAAGGUGCAUGUCAACCUGGCUGUGGUCCUGGGACUCAGAAAAUCUACAACCGCUGCGUGAAACACUAUAUUACGUCUGGCGCGAAUCUUGUCCAGCCCAACAAGGAUUGCAAACUGGUUACCAAGCCUCCAUCUGAACAAUCGUGUGAAGGCACGUGCGAUAAUGUUCUCUGGGUGUACUCCCGAUGGAGUGAGGUGAGCUUCUAAAUAGAUAGGACUGUUUACAUCAUCCCAAUUUGCCGAGAUGGGAUGGAAGGCAGGAUGAUUUUGAUGUAUUCAAAUAAUUCACUAGGGUUAAACGAAAGUUAAAACGCCGUUUAAAAAAAUAACUCAAAUGUUGUCGAGAAGAUCUCGCAGUUCAAGAAGAUUAUUAUUGCUGUUUGAACAACCUUUUGUUUACAAUGGAUGAUUCUAGCGAAAGACGAAAUUUUGAUCUAGGCAAGAAGAACGAAAUCCAUUACCAUAGCUGGACACAGUAUCUUAAAAUGAGUAAAAGUGCAAAGUUUGGUUGCGAAAUGUUAUAAAAUGAGGAAAAUAUAGCCCUGUGAAGUUCGCAAAUUUUGUAUAUAUUUGUAUUACGCGCGGUAAAAAUAACUACUUUCGGCUCAAAAAUGGUUAUUUUUCCCGCGCGUAAUGCAAAUAUAUACAAAAUUUGCGAACUUCACAGGGCUAUAUUUUCUUUAUUUUACAACAUUUAGCAACCAAUCUUUGCAGGUUUACUCAUUCUAAGAUGUUCUUUCUAGCUGUGGUGUUGGAUUUCGUUCUUCUUGCGUUGAUCAAAAUUUAGUCUAGUUGGAAUCACCAAUUAUACUAGAAAAAUAGUGCAGUUUUACCGAAUCGUGUGCAUUGUUACCCUCAACCUCAUACCAUUGUCUCGCCUGCACUCAAGAAAAUGGGAGAAAGGCUCGCUAAGUUAUUUCUUCUAUAUUCCAGUGUUCAAAGUCAUGUAAUGGUGGCGUCCAGAGACGCCGUGUCACGUGUGUAGAGAAGAACCCGGAUGUCCGCAAAGAACUUCCGGCGUCCACGUGUUUAAGGAUCCAGAAAAGACCUGCAGUCAGGGCCUGCAAUACACUCCGCUGUCCAACGUGGAGGACUGGAAGAUGGAGCAGGGUAUGUAGUGAAAACGAAAUUAAUGCUCAAUUUUUUGGCAAAGUGAUGGAAGCUAACUAGCUUUAUUUAUACUGGAUAGCUCUAUCUUUUUUAAACUGUUCUACUAAACUAACUUUAUUUAUACUGGAUAGCUCUAUCAGUUCUGUACUGUUCUCCCUAGAGGUCCAGCAAAGGAUCAUCUCUUAUUGAUCCAGUGUUACUACAGGAGGAAACCUAAACUAAACUAACUUUAUUUAUACUGGAUACCUCUAUCAGUUCUAAAACUAUUCUUCCUAGAGGUCAAGUAAGGAUCAUCUCUUAUUGAUCCAGUGUUACUACAGGAGGAAACCUAAACUAAACUAACUUUAUUUAUACUGGAUAGCUCUAUCAGUUCUAAACUAUUAUUCCUAGAGGUCCAGUAAGGAUCAUCCCUUAUUGAUCGAGUGUUACUACAGGAGGAAACCUUUACUAAACUAACUUUAUUUAUACUGGAUAGCUCUAUCAGUUCUAAACUGUUUUCCCUAGAGGUCCAGUAAGAACAAUUUUUUAUUGAUCCAGUGUUACUACAUGUUGAUUGAGUGAACCUGGAAUUGUUCUGAUGUGAAAUUAUAAUCAUACUACUGCAUAUAGUUUACUGGCAUGCAAGUGACUUUCCCUGGUGGUAAUUGAUAAAUGAUCAUAUAAUGUACAUGAACUAACCACUGUUGUACUAUCGCCAUUACAGUGUUCACAGGCAUGUGGUGAAGGAUUUCAGAGGAGGAAGGUGGCGUGUCUUUGGAAAGGAAAUGAAGUGACCGCAGACGGGGCUUGUGGUGUAAGAACGAAACCAAGGGAAAGACAAAAUUGUCGAAUUAAGGCUUGUCCACAUUGGGAGUAUGAAGACUGGUCGGAU